AUGGCCAAUACCCCCAAUGUUUGGACGCAAAUGAAUUAUGUUCCCCCGCGCGGCCAAUGCAACCACAAGGCGUCUCUCCUCUCGUCAACAUGUCCAUGUCUACGCUUCAUGCUACAUCCACUCAAGGUACGGACGUCUGUAGCGUCCUCUUAUGAAUGCGACGGCUGCGGUCACCACGCUUCAUUCCACAGCAUGGAAAACAAGGCAGAAGACGAGAUUCGCAAGCGAUGGGAAACCGAGGCCAAGACCAGGACAGAGCAGGAAGGGCAGCGGCCAAAGAAGCGCGUACGCGCCAUUGAAUACCAGGAACUGGGACAGAACGCCCUGGACAUGUCUCGAGUUGCAAAGCAGAAAAAGACAAGGUCCACGGUUGCAAGAGCAAAGACCAAGGGGGCCGAAAUGGCCGACGAUGAGGUGGUUGAGGUGGAUUAA